AAUGUGUCCGCCACCGGUGCGUCGCGGGUAAAGUGUUGUUUGAAUGUGGCGUGCGUGUUUGACAGCGUUUAACUUCACAAAAAACACACGUUUCAUCCACAUAACCACGCCAGCACGCGUUUUACGUCUAUUAAACUCACAGCGUGAUUGCUGCUUCCUCUCUAUAGACGUCAAGUUUACUCGCAUUGAACUGCGACACAUGUCAAGUCAACCCAAGAGACUCCGCACCGACAACAUGACCGGCACAAAGAUCGGGACCCACAAUGGGACCUUCCACUGCGACGAGGUGCUGGCCUGCUUCUUCCUCCGCCAGCUGCCUCAGUACAAGGAUGCUGAGAUCAUUCGGACAAGGGACCCGGCACAGCUGGCAGAGUGCGACGUUGUUGUAGAUGUAGGAGGAGUGUUUCACCCAAAGACGCAUCGCUACGACCAUCAUCAAAGGACUUUUUCAGAGAGCUUCAGCAGCCUGUGUCCACAAAAGCCAUGGGUGACCAAGCUCAGCUCAGCUGGCCUGGUUUACCUACACUUUGGCCGUCAGGUGCUCGCCCAGCUGACAGAGCUGAAGGAGGAUGACCGGCAGCUGGAGGUGCUCUAUGACAAGCUGUACGAGAACUUUGUGGAGGAGGUGGAUGCUGUAGACAAUGGCAUUUCACAGUGUGAUGGGGAGGCUCGCUACAGCAUCUCCAGCACACUGAGCGCACGUGUCGGCCACCUGAACCCACGCUGGAACAGCAAGAGUCAGGACACUGAGGAGGGUUUCAAGAAGGCUUUGGUGAUGGUUGGGGAGGAGUUCCUGGACCGUCUGGAUUUCUACAAGUCUUCCUGGUUGCCAGCCCGCACAGUCGUGGAGGACGCUGUUAAAGAGAGGCAUAAGGUAGACCCCAGUGGGGAGGUGUUGAUGUUUUCCCAGGGUGGAUGUCCCUGGAAGGAGCAUCUGUUUGCCCUGGAGAAGGAGCUCCACAUAGAGGCGCCCAUCAAGUUUGUCCUUUACCCCGACCAGAAUGGACAGUGGAGGAUCCAGUGUGUCCCUGCCGGGCUCAACACCUUCCAGAACAGGCUGUCCCUGCUAGAGGAGUGGUGCGGCGUUCGCGAUGAAGCACUGUCGAAGCUCAGCGGGAUUCAGGGAUGCAUCUUUGUCCAUGCUGGAGGCUUUAUUGGCGGGAACAAGACCCAGGAAGGAGUCCUGGAGAUGGCCCGUAGGACCCUGCAGGCCGCUGUCCAGUCGCCUGCAAACGGAAGCAGCUGACCGGUCAGAAAGGACAGCCAACAGCACAUUUUGUUUUCGUGGAUGGGAAUAGUAUGGAAAUGGCAGCCAACUAACCUUGGACCAGUUCCCCAAAUACCUAUAUUCCAAACCACAGGCUCACUUUGAAUCUACAUGUUUACACAUUUCUCUUCUUCUGUCUGUACCUGUAAAUGUUUUGGUAUUCAUUUGCAAUAAAAGACUGUUUGGAUUA